AUCAGUUUAGUAGUGUUCUUUAGGUGAUUUACUUGUCAGCUUAAGUGAAAUUUUUUCGAAGAAUGUUGAAGGUUGCACUCUUCACUGCAGCCGUGGUGGCAACGACCGCUGCAUACAUUGUUGGAAAUGGAUAUAAUAUUGCAACGAAACAUUCCAAUCAAUACUACGGUAGUGGAGAAAAUUUUGGAAGUUCAGGUUACGGAGCGACUGGUUACGGCGGCAAUGGAAACCUCGGAUAUAGUGGAAACUUAGGCUAUGGUGGAAAUGGAAACGUGGGAUACAAGAAAAUAGGAAAAUAUGAUAACUAUGAUGAUUAUGAUCACAAAGAUUAUUACGCUUACCCAAAAUACAAGUUCAAUUACGGGGUACAGGAUUCGCAUACUGGCGAUCACAAGAGCCAGUGGGAAAUCCGUGAUGGAGAUGUUGUGAAGGGAGGAUACACCGUUUAUGAGCCCGAUGGCACCAAGCGAGUUGUUGAGUACACUUCCGAUAAGCACAACGGUUUUAAUGCUGUUGUUAAGAAAAUAGGACACGCUCAUCAUCCGCAAUUGUAUGGAACAGCCGAUGGUAUUUCCGGAGGUGGCUACGACGGACAGCACGACGAUAGCUACAGCUACAAUAACGUCCACUGAAGCUUUUAAGCUACCAACGCAGACUGAAUGAACUGCAAAGUUUAUGUUAUACCUGAGAUUAUGCUACCGCUGUGCGAUUAAGGUUGCUUGAAAAAAGUGUACAGUUUAAGCCUGAAUGUAUAUACAACAUGUACAACUACUCGAAAUACAACCAA